AUGUGGUGGUGGUUGUUCACUCCUACGGCGGACUACCCUCAAAUGAGGCAAUUAAAGGACUGGACACGCCAGCAAAAGGGUCUGACUGGUGGUGUCACCCAUCUGUUCUUCUGCUGCUCCUUCAUUAUUCCAGAGGGAGAAUCUCUUAUCAGUGCCUUUGGUGGCAAUGACCUUCCUUGGUUCAUGGUGACAGAUGAUAGAUUAGAGGUCAAUCCUGCGAAUCCAGACAAAGUCUUCUACAAUGACUGCAAUGCUGCCCAGGUUGAAAGUGCAGUCGCUUCUCUAAGACCUCAUAGCUACCAGUGUUUCCACAGUCCCUGCACAUAUGCGGCUUGGAAAGAGGUUCCAAGUACCUAUUUGUACUGCCUUCGGGACGCGGCGAUUCCUCUGGCAGUACAGAAGAUGAUGGUCGAAGAUACAGCCAGAGGGUUCGGGAUGAAGACGGAAACGGUGGAUGCGUCCCACAGCCCGUUUAUCAGCCAACCGGAUGAGUUGACUGCGGCAAUCCGACGGGCUGCUGGGGAGAACGUGUAA